CCCAAAACACGAAAGGCGAGCUCCACCCGAUUGCACUUCAAAAGAAUUAAGCUCAUUCAUGGCCUCAUAUGCUUCUGCUGCUUCUCUCACUUGCUCUCUCUCCCCUCCUCUCUUUAAAACCAAGAUCUUUUUGUUCAACUCUCUUCCAUUGAGAAGACCCAGAUCCCAAAUUGUUUCUCUGAGUGUUGGGUUUGAUGAUUUCCUUGACCUUACUCACAACAAGGUUUUAGCCGCAGCUGCAGUAUCAGCUACAAUUGGUCAGCUCUCAAAAUUUUUUACAUCUGCUAUUAGAGGAGACGGGUUCAAUCUCAAGUCAUUCGUUCAGUCUGGGGGGAUGCCCUCUACUCACUCCUCUAGUGUUACGGCUGCUGCAACUUCCCUUGGUCUAGAAAGGGGUUUCUCAGAUCCAAUUUUUGGCAUGUCUGUUGUUUUUGCUGUUCUUGUUAUGUAUGAUGCACAGGGUGUUCGGAGAGAGGUAGGAAUCCACGCGAAACUUCUGAACAAGAUGCUAGAGGCUCAAGAGAAGGAGACUCUUUGUUUGAAAGAAGAAGCAUUUGGUGAUCCAAGCCCCAAAAAAUCCUCCGUAAAUUCUAAAGAAAACACUCCCGUCCUCUCUUAUUCCGAGAAAAGGGAUUCGUGUUCAUCACAGUCAGAAUCGUACUUGGUUUAUGGUUCGAGGACAACAUCCAGCAAGUUGGGAGAUAUAUCAAGCUCUAAAAUUGGUAGUAGAACGUUGAAAAAGGUGAGCAAUUACUACAAGCCAUUGAAUGAAUCAGUGGGUCAUACGGAGGUUCAGGUUCUGGUUGGUGCAGUUCUGGGUUUCAUUGUAAGUUUAGCCAUUGAUACAAUUCUGUAAUUUUAUAUGCAGUUUAUACGCGAUAUAUGUAUAGCUUAUCCCAAAAAUUUAGGGUAGAUGCUUUGUUGUUGUAAUCUAUUUGUAUACAUUUAUUUAUAUUCAACAUAAAUACAUUCAGCGUUCA